AUGUUUGGCCGCAUCAACCCCAAUCCUGUCGGGAACAGCCGUCGUUCUCGCUCCGGCCCCACCUCUGGCUUGACUGCAGACGGCGUGGCAUCCUCCUCCUCCGCCGCCAGACGUUCGCACAUCGCUUACGGCGGGACAGGCUUUCUCGUCUUGCACGGCCUGUUUCUCCUUGUUGGCCUCGCCCUCUUCGGCGUCUCCGUCGCGUACCUUGGCUACGUAAGUCACACCCGCCGCGGCAUCGGGCUCGUGGUCGGCGCGGUGUCGGUGAUCAACGACAUCUGGGCCAUGCAUGUGGCCUCGUCUCCGAAGCCGGCGCUGGAAUGCGCCGUGGUGGGCGACGGGUUUGGGCUGGCCUUGGCGGCGCUGUACCUGGGCGUGAACCACGACGGCUACUCCUUGUUCAAAGUCCCGGUUGGCGAAUUCGCGUACGGGGACGCUGUCCUGCUGCAGCUGGCCAAGGCGGGAUUUGUGCUGGCGAUUGUAGUGGGAGCGAUGCGGCUGGUGUCCGGGGCGGUGACGCUGGUGCUGGCAUGCACGCGGAAGCGAGGCCCGCGGCACCACCCGUAUUAG